AUGCAUCGGUCAACAAGCUAUUCAUCCACUGGCAGGUCAUCUGACGAGUUCUCCGUGAACUUCUCACCAGCCGCUUUGAAGGGUUUGGAUUCAAAUCACGACUCGUUAACGGGUAAUAAAAGUAAUAAUCACAACGCUAAUGGCGAUUUAGUUUCGGAUGAUAUCUCGAAGAAGGAUAUUUCUUCGAGGCCUUCACCAGAAGCAGAAAAAGCUAUUCAUUUAAUCCCACUGGUUUUGUUUAUUUGUUUUUUGAUUCUUUAUCUGUUCUCAAGUCCUGUGACUCCCGACAUAAAACCCCUGCAGUGA